GCUCAGAGGUUCACGGAGGAGAGAGAAACCAGUGGCGGCAACAGUAGGAGAGAAGUCCGUUUUCUAUCUCAUCUGCUCCUGUUCGUAUCUUCGCUGUCCUCACGUCUGCAACAUCUAGGGUUUCGGAUUUCUUCUGUGCUACUUGCACAAAAUUUACUUGAUUGAAUAGAUCCACUCAGGCAUUUUUAGAACCUGGAAUAUUGGUCUUUGGUACUUGAUUUUAAUUUUGAGCUUCUUUGGCAGCGUAGAGGAGUAGUAGCUCUUCCAUGAUUUAUUUUGGCGAUCUCAUUAAUGUCUUUGGAUGAUUUAGUGCUGGAGGAAGUUUUGUUGCGGAGAUUGUGGCUAGAUUUGAUCGUAUUUAUUGCGUGUUUUGAUUUUAUCAUUUGUUAGGUUUUUUUCGUUUUUGGAAAUUUUUAGAAUUCUUUUGGGAGAUUUGAAGUUGGGAUUAGGAUAUUGUGACACUUGUAGAAAGGUAGGAAGAAUCGCGCAAGGUAUUUCGGGGAUUUAUUAUCGUCUUUUUGAGUUAUUGGGAGUAGAUUGAAGUGAAAUCCGAUGGCUUCAGUGGAAAUGCCGAGCCCCGGAACCCCUAACUCAAAGAAAAAGACAGCGACGGAGAGAAAUGCAGUGAUCGCGAAGAGGAAGACGACGCCGGAGAGACCUUUAGCGACCACGAAGAAGAAGCCUGCUCUGCAGAGGACCUUUGUGCAACCAAAGAAGGGUCCGUCUGUGGAUAGGCUCAAUAAGAAGCCUGGAGCUGCUCCUAGUCUCCAGCCUUUGCAAUCGUUGCCGAGCGACUUUAGAUUCACAGGUGGAUCUCUGUCCGAGGAGAGAGCAGAACCGUCCAAUCUCGCUCCUGUCGCUGAAGGCAAAGACGAUGUCAAUGUCGGAGGUACCACAGAAACUAGUAAUAUUUCAACGUGCAUGGAAGAGGAGGUUGCUAAUAUGUGUGCCUCAGCGGAGGAGGAUCCUGAUGGCUUUAUCAGGGUGAACGAUGAAUCGCCGUAUAGUUCAAUUUCCACUGUCGGUGACGAGAGGAAUUCGCAAGAUGAUGAGAGUUCGUCAUUAUCUUCUCCUUCUUGUUUGCCGGAGAGUUUCUUGUCCCGGAUUGAUUCCAGAUGGAGUGAUACCAGCUCUUUUGGUCCGAAGAAGACGAUUCAUGCUUGGUGCCAACUUCCUAAUGGAGAAUGGAUGUUAGGGAGGAUACUAUCAACUUCAGGGGCAGAGUCAAUUAUUUCUCUUCUAGAGGGGAAAGUAUUAAAGUUGAAAACAGAGAGUAUUUUACCCUCAAACCCUGAAAUACUUGAUGGGGUAGAUGAUUUGAUGCAGCUUAGUUAUUUAAAUGAACCAUCGGUGCUCUACAACUUACAAUAUAGAUAUGAUCGAGACAUGAUUUAUACCAAAGCGGGGCCAGUGCUGGUUGCCAUCAACCCAUUUAAGGAAGUUCAACUAUAUGGAAAUGUUUAUAUUGAGGCAUAUAAGAGCAAAUCUAUAGAUAGUCCACAUGUUUAUGCUAUUGCUGAUACAGCAAUACAUGAAAUGAUAAGAGAUGAAGUCAAUCAAUCCAUAAUUAUAAGUGGCGAGAGUGGAGCGGGCAAAACUGAAACAGCAAAGAUUGCAAUGCAAUAUUUGGCUGCUCUUGGAGGAGGUACUGGGAUGGAAUAUGAAAUUUUACAAACAAAUCCAAUUCUUGAGGCCUUCGGGAAUGCAAAAACUGCAAGAAAUGAUAACUCUAGUCGCUUUGGAAAGUUAAUUGAAAUUCAUUUUAGUCCAAACGGAAAGAUUUCUGGUGCAAAGAUUCAAACUUUUUUACUCGAGAAGUCAAGAGUUGUCCAGUGUGCAGCUGGUGAAAGGUCUUAUCAUAUUUUUUAUCAACUUUGUGCUGGUGCUUCAAAAUCUCUUAGAGAUAAGUUGAAUUUGAGAAGUGUGGAAGAGUACAAAUAUCUGAAGCAAAGCAGUUGUUUUGUUAUUAAUGGGGUCAAUGAUGCUGAAAGGUUUCAAUCUGUUAUGGCAGCUAUGAAGGUUGUGCACAUCAGACAACAAGACCGAGAUAAUGUUUAUGCGAUGCUUGCUGCCAUUCUAUGGUUGGGUAACAUCUCCUUUAAUGUGAUUGACAAUGAAAACCACGUUGAAGUUGUUGCAGAUGAAGCUGCGCAAACUGUGUCCAAAUUACUUGGAUGUGAUAUUCAGGAUUUGAAGUUGGCUUUAUGUACUCGGAAAAUGAGAGUUCGAAGUGAUACUAUUAUACAAAAACUCACAUUAACCCAGGCAAUAGACACAAGAGAUGCACUAGCAAAGUCUCUGUAUGCUAGUUUAUUUGAAUGGCUCGUGGAACAAAUUAACAUGUCACUUGAAGUAGGAAAGCGGCGAACAGGAAGAUCAAUCAGCAUUCUUGAUAUAUAUGGUUUUGAAUCUUUUGAAAAGAAUAGCUUUGAACAGUUCUGCAUAAACUAUGCUAAUGAGAGACUGCAGCAACAUUUUAAUCGGCAUUUAUUCAAACUAGAACAGGAGGAAUAUAUUCAAGAUGGCAUAGAUUGGGCAAGGGUUGACUUUGAGGACAAUCAGAAUUGUCUGAAACUUUUUGAGAAGAAACCAUUAGGGUUAUUGUCUCUUUUGGAUGAGGAAUCUACAUUUCCAAAUGGUACAGAUCUGACUUUUGCAAACAAGCUUAAGCAGCAUCUUCAUUCAAAUUCUUGCUUUAAAGGAGAAAGAGGCAAAGCUUUCACUGUUAGCCAUUAUGCUGGGGAGGUCGUAUACGACACAACCGGUUUUCUUGAAAAGAAUAGGGAUCUAUUACACAUUGACUCCAUUCAACUUCUGGCUUCUUGUUCAUGCCACCUUCCUCAGAUAUUUGCAUCUAAAAUGCUCACCCAAUCUGAUGCACAAGAAGGCAGUCCAUACCGUUCCAGUGGUGUGGAUUCCCAAAGGCUAAGUGUUGCGACAAAGUUCAAGGGGCAACUUUUUCAACUAAUGCAAAGGCUCGGGAACACUACACCUCACUUCAUACGUUGUAUCAAGCCAAACAAGUUGCAACUUCCUUCAACUUAUGAACAAUCUCUUAUACUCCAGCAGUUGAAGUGUUGUGGAGUUCUUGAAGUUGUUCGUAUAUCCAGAUCCGGUUAUCCUACCAGGAUGUCUCACCAAAAAUUUGCUAGAAGAUAUGGCUUCCUUCUCCUUGAAAAUGUGGCUUCUCAAGAUCCGCUUAGUGUAUCAGUAGCGAUUCUUCAUCAAUUUAAUAUUCUUCCUGAGAUGUAUCAAGUUGGCUACACCAAAUUGUUUUUCCGUACUGGACAGAUCGGUACGCUUGAGGAUACUAGAAAUCGUACUCUACAUGGCAUUUUAAGGGUUCAGAGUUGUUUCAGAGGUCAUCAAGCUCGUCUUUAUGUGAAGGAACGCAGGAAAGGAAUUGUCAUGUUGCAAUCAUAUAUUCGAGGUGAAAAGACGAGGCGGAUAUAUUCAGACCUUUUACAGAAACAUAGAGCUGCUAUAAUUUUACAGAAAUAUGUAAAAUGUCAAAUUACCAGGAAACAUUAUCUGAGCAUUCGGAAUGCCUCAGUUGUUAUACAGUCUGUUAUUCGUGCACGGAUUGCAAGAAGGUUCUCUGGAGAUGGUUUAUCAUAUUACGUCGAGCCAUUUGAUGAAAAGAGGGCAUCCGAACCUGGCCAAGUGCUAAUCAAGGCAUCUGUCCUCGCCGAGCUGCAGAGGAGGAUUCUGAAGGCCGAAACCAAUAUCAGGGAGAAGGAAGCGGAGAACGAAGUGCUUCAGCAGCGACUCCACCAAUACGACAAUCGCUGGACUGAAUAUGAACAGAAAAUGAAAUCCAUGGAAGAACUGUGGCAGAAGCAGAUGAGAUCAUUACAGUCCAGUCUUUCCAUUGCAAAGAAAAGCCUCGCCAUUGAUGACAUGGAGCGAAGGUCGGAUGCUUCCGUCGACCAAAGCUGGGACAGCAGUGGCAACCCAAAUGGGGCCGAGAGCGGCCCUCGACCCGGUCUCCGUUUAACCGGCCGAGAUACGACGGCCGGCCUUAAAACGAUCAGCCAUUUAACCGAAGAAUUCGAACAACGCGCCCAGGUGUUCGCCGAUGAUGCCAAGUUCCUCGUCGAAGUCAAAUCUGGACAGGCACAGGCAAACCUUGAUCCAGAAAAGGAGCUGAAGAAGUUGAAGAUUUCGUUCGAGUCUUGGAGGAAAGAUUACAGUAUUCGGCUACGAGAAACCAAAGUUAUUAUAAACAAGCUGGCGAGCGAAGAACCCGGCACUCCUAAGAGGAAAUGGUGGGGUAGGUUGAAUAGCUCCAGGCUCGUGUAAAUAUAUUUGAAUACGAAUGGAAGGUGAGAUUUUAUUUGUUCAACUGUGUUGAUAUUGAUGAUGGUCUAGCUAUGAGUUUAAUUUUGUCUUGUGUGAUUGAGAGAGAAUUUGCUUGUAGCCCUAUACAAGUAUAUAUUUUGAUAGCUAGCAAUGCCAUUUAUUAUAUCCGAUUUAGUAAAGGAUAAGCUGUUUUUGUA